AUGGACUCGACAGAAAGCAGAAUUUUGCGCAGAUGUUCAAUGGACUUCACGACAGGCAUGUUGGUGGAAGGAAUGCCGGAUAUGAAGAAUCGUGGGAUUGGCAGCGCUCCUGUCCACAUGACACAACAAAGCGCUCGAAAUAAAUUGCAUUGUCCGAGCACGUCAUUUCACUGUGAAAGCGACACUAGAAGCACGCAUAAACUAUCUUCUGUGUACUCAGGCGCUCAAUAG